CGGGGCGGGGCGCAGCCGGUGCGUUGGGUCCGGUAGCGGAGCGGGCAGCUCGGAGCUGAUCGGAACGGAGCGGUGAGGAACGGAGGGCGCUGCCGGCGCCUCCCCGGUGCCCGCCGGGCCGGGCCGGGCAGGGGAACGGCAGUGGGAGCAGAAUUUUCUCCUCCAUCCCCAAAGCCCAGGGAGAUGACAUCUCGGCUACUCUGAGCCACCUGUACCCCACAACCAGCAGAGCCAUGGAUCUGGAAUACGAGCUGCCCAACGCCACCACCUUCUGGUUCUCUCCGGCUUCCCCAUUCGACAACUUCUCCGUGGAAGCCCCCACCAACACAUCACAGAACAGCACAGGGCAUCACUUUGACCUAACCAGCAACGCCAUCCUCACCUUCAUCUACUUUGUGGUCUGCAUCAUAGGGCUGUGCGGCAACACGCUGGUGAUAUACGUCAUCCUUCGUUAUGCCAAGAUGAAGACCAUCACCAACAUCUACAUCCUGAACCUGGCCAUUGCGGAUGAGCUGUUCAUGCUGGGACUGCCUUUCCUGGCCAUGCAGGUUGCGUUGGUACACUGGCCCUUUGGCAAAGCCAUCUGUAGGAUUGUCAUGACAGUGGAUGGGAUCAACCAGUUCACCAGCAUCUUCUGCUUGACGGUUAUGAGCGUUGACCGGUACCUGGCUGUUGUCCAUCCCAUUAAGUCUGCCAAGUGGAGACGGCCCAGGACAGCCAAAAUGAUCAACGUGGCCGUUUGGGGUGUCUCCCUGUUGGUGAUCAUGCCCAUCAUGAUUUAUGCCGGGGUGCAGCAGAAUCAUGGCAGGAGUAGCUGCACCAUCAUCUGGCCAGGAGAAUCAGGUGCGUGGUACACAGGCUUCAUCAUCUACGCCUUCAUCCUGGGCUUCCUGGUGCCUCUCACCAUUAUUUGCCUUUGCUACUUGUUCAUCAUUAUCAAAGUCAAGUCCUCGGGCAUCAGGGUGGGCUCCUCCAAGAGGAAAAAGUCUGAGAAGAAAGUCACCAGGAUGGUCUCCAUCGUGGUCGCUGUCUUUAUCUUCUGCUGGCUCCCCUUCUACAUCUUCAACGUCUCCUCUGUCUCUGUCCUAAUUGUGCCCACUCCCGUCCUCAAGGGCAUGUUUGACUUUGUCGUGGUCCUCAGUUACACCAACAGCAGCCUCAAUCCUAUCCUUUAUGCCUUUUUGGAUGAAAACUUCAAGAAGAGCUUUCAGAACGUCCUCUGCUUGGUGAAGGUCAGCGGCAUGGACGAAGCAGACCGGAGUGACAGCAAGCAGGACAAGUCCAGGCUCAACGAGACCACAGAAACCCAAAGGACCCUGCUCAAUGGUGACCUGCAGACGAGCAUCUGAGGGGGCAGUGGGGUUGUCCUUCACUCACUCUCCUCUCCCCACUUGCUCCCAAUGGCACCGGUAUGUAGAGAGUCGGGCAGGAGUGCUGGAGAUGCACACCCCAAUGGGCCGGUUGUCCUAAGCUGGGCUGGUUCCCGAGCUGCUGGAGGGUUGGCUUUCAAGCAUUGUGAAGGAUAUGGUUCAAGAGGAACUGCCUCACCAGAACACAAAGAUUCUGUAGGAAUCCCCACGUGGCAGCACACAUUUAAACACCAAAGUGCCACUGUGGGCAAUGGACAUCACUGGGACAGCUCUGCUGGUUCUCCUGGUAUUUACCCACAGGGCUGAAAUUGGCUUUGGGUGCUCUGCCCCAGAACGGUGCUCACAUCAAACUGAUGGAUGGAGAACGGCAGCCUGGCUGGGCUGGGACCUGAGUGUGUGGGGGGUGGCCUCAGGAGGAGCUGAGACUACAGGUGCACACACUGCCUAUACUACUGCAGAACUGUGCCAGCUCAGAGCCAAGAGAUGCUGGGAGCUCCCUGGUGAGCACAAGCAUGCUGUGCAGUCACGUCCUCCCUGGGGAGACAAGGGGUUACGUUCAGCCUGACUUUGUAAGUUACUCAGCUACAUCUACCCCAAAGCCUCCCUGCUGCUGUUUGACAGCCUCCUUUGCAGAGAGCUGUCCUGCAUGGAGGAGGCACGGCAGGACAGAGGCAGGCUGCCCGAGGACACAGCCCUCUCCAACAUCUCCGAGUCCCUCCAUGCUCCUGUUUUGCCUCUGCCAACCCCACAGCCUCCCUGCUGCAGGAGAGCCCCUGCCUUCCUCCCUCCUAUGACCUAUGGGAUCCUAUAAAGUGGGAAACUGAUCCUACGGGAUUUCCCCACUUUUUCAUUUUUCUCCUCCUGGAUCCAUUCACAUCAGUCUCUGGUUGCUCCUGGCUGGGCUGGUUGAGCAGCCACUGUAUGAUCCAGUAGGAAAUCCUUGGAAAUGUUUACCCAGCAGUAUAAUAUUGGGGUUUGGAGUACAGCAGUGCUCAUCCUGCUAUUGACACAUGAGAUGUGGGCUUGUCCUGUCCCUGUGGUGGUACAGAGAAUCACCAGGGCUGGAGAAGUGAGCGAACAUCUCCUGCUUACCAAGAACACCUCCCUGCUCACUCCAGGCAAGUCACAAAAGAAAAAGGGGUGAUGGAGAGAAUGGUUGACAGCUCAAUGGGACUUGGCCCAGACCCUCAUCUGAGCCUAAAGGACUGGAUGGAGCAGAGGAGCCUGAGCUGAAGAAGGAGCCUCUGAGAUGCCUGGAGAAGAAUCCCUCGGCUGCCUCUUCUGUGGGAUGGCUGCAGCUGCUCAUGUCUGCACACCCUGUUGCUAACGGCAAGGCUGUGACCACUGAGAGCCACCCCUGUCACUGCUGGGGUGCCAGUCCUGCAGGUAAAUGCAGAGGGGGGACAGCAUUUCCCCCAGGGGCUUUCAGCACAAAGCCAGGAGGAAGAACAGAGAAGAGCAUCCAGACCCCAGUGCCUCUCCUGUAGCCAACAUGGGUAAGGGGAACCCUGGGGUGCAGGUCAUGUAGUGAGGGGGUGGUGGGUCUGGCCCAGCCACUGGGAGCACAGUAAACCUCAGCCCACCACGUGCCCUCCCAUGGCAUAACCCCUGGAGCUGACAUGCACCAAACACAGCAAUUAGAGCCCAGCUGCUGCAGUGCCCGCUGAGUUUAGCUGUUCAAGAAUGUCUUGCAGUGAUCUGCUGUGCCCCAACGUGCCUCAGGGUCAGCACUCAAACCCUUCACCGUGGUUUCCCUUCUCAGCAGCACUGUGUGAGCAGGAGGGGAAGUGCGAGGCAGAUAAUGCCUAUUAUCCUGGGGUUUUGCAGUGAUGCCCCCCUCCUAGUGCAUCACCCCUGUCCUACUUUGCAACCCCAGCACCCCCACCAGUCCCAGAACCCCACAGGAGCUCAGUGCUGGGCUCAGUGCCUGCUCCCUGGCACAGUUCACUCAGAUACCAGCACGAGAACACUCCUCUGGGUAUGGGGCUUGGGUUACUGGGGCAAAGUAGGGCACUGUCAGCAUUUAUUUGCUUUUAACCAUUUACCUCUGCGGGGGCUCAGCACUGAGCUGCUGGCAGCCACUUGCUGAGCGUGUCCCCACGACAGCUUCAUUAAAGGGUAUAAAUCCAACACGAGCAGUGGUGACGGCAGCGCAGGCUGCCUAUUGAUGCCGCAGGAAUUAAAACAAGAGCAGCUUGUCACAUUACCAUGAAAUAUCGGAGCGUGAUUGCCAGCCUGGUGCAGCUCUCUGCCAGUGUAAGGCUUUAGUGUCAAGGCUGCAGCGACGCAUCAGCUGCGCUCCGGGUGCUUAAUAUCUGGUGGGUGGGAGAAGAGUUAUUUGUAUGGGAAGAGCCUGGGGCAGGAGAGGUGUCAGGGAGGCAGGGAAAGGGUUAAGACCCCGAUGUUUGCAGCCCCCAGCAGGUGCUGCAGUGCUGGCAGUGCUCCUGCCAUCACCUCCCCAUAGUGCAGGGAAGCAUGGGGUGUUCCCCUUUCUAUUUAGGGGCAACUCCUCUGUGUGCUGCUUUCAGGCUGGCUCGUUGCUACCUAAUAAACAGCAGCGCUGUUGCUGCUGCGAGUAACAAAGUUUUCCUUCUCAGCCACUUGAUUUUAGCUGGGAACUUGACCUCAUAUUGGAUCUGCUCAGAAAAGCCUCGCAGGGUUGCCAGCAGCAUAAUGAGAUAUCUCUCCCAGUUCAUUUCAGAGCAAAUAGGUUGAUCUUGCAAGUGCCGGAGCAGCUCUGCUGCCACUUCACAUGCAGACUAUUUCCAGAUAAAUAAGAUUAAUUACAACUCCCUCCUGCCCUGGCUGGAACAGAUUUAACCCAAAUUGCAGGUGUGGUACGAUCCUGUGUGCCAGCACCUGCGUGGUGACCCCGAGCCCAUGAGAAACAGGUUGCCCUCAAUUCCAUCACUUGAUCCCACAUACAGAUGAGGAACGUUGUGUCCUAGGACAGAGGCUGGCUCCUGGUGCUGCGGUGGCUGGUUCCAUCCAGUGCUUGGCAGCCAAAGUCUGCUGGGUAAUGAGAGGCUGGGUUUGGCUCUUCAGCCUUCUUGUUGAAUCUCUACAGCUCCUGAUAUCAGCACCAAAGCUGCCUUGGACUUCUUUAAAAUAACAGUUUCCUAUCAAACUGCACUGUUCUAUCUCUGGAGGGCUUCCCCAAGUCUCUGUCCCUUAUCCUUGAUGGAGGAUCCAACGACUCCCAGGCUCUGAAUACAUCCUAUUGCUCAGAGCCAGGCUUGGUUCCCACAUCCCUCCCCAUCCCCUCAGUACCCUUGUUUCUGCUCAGCAGAUAGAAGAGUAGGAGCCAGCAUCAGACCAUUGCCUGCAGAGCCUUGCUGGAGCAGCCCCAAGCAGCAUAUGGCCCCAUGGUCACACCAAGGGGCUAACAGGGAGCACAAUGGGGACACUAACAGCACUAGCUCCCUAAAACAGCACCAGAAAGAUGCAAGAGCUGAGCCCCUGGGACUGCAAGAUAAGGGCACCGGGGCUCUGAAAUGCCAAUGAUGUUUGUGCUGGGAGUACUGGGGUGCAUAGCCUGAGAGCUGCAUCCUGGGGUUGUUUCAGCCCUUGCUAUGAACAAGCUGAUUUCCAACCUCUCAGGGAGAGCCUGUAUCCUCCUGGUCCCAGCUCUGCCACGGCUGUACAGAGGGGAGAUCAUCAUUAAGGCACAGGCAAAGAGUGCAGCAGACCUCAAAGUCGAACUUUCCAUCGCUACGUCUGAAAAGCAAACUGCUGUUUUCUGGCCUGAGGACACAUCUGCCCUUCCCUGUCAGCCUGCAACCCCAGCUGCACACUCCUCGUGUCAGAUUUCAUCCUGCUGAUUGCUCCAGGACCAGGACAGCAAAACACAAGGACAUGACUCCAGCUGGGAUCAGGGGAACCUGUCUGGAUCUGUGCCCUGACCAGAAGGAGACAAGGGACAAAAAGCCCAAGUACCCCACACUGUACUGCAUGGUCAGGAGGGAAGGGGUGGGUGAUUGUACAUAUGUAUAUAUAGCAGAUAUGCCAGCGGAAGGUUUGGUUAUCCCUGAUGCUGUAGAGAUACUCUGCACCCCUCUGUUUAGCUGUGCACCCCACAAGGAGCAGUCAGACCCAGCCCUGUGGGUCAUCCCUAUGGGGCUGGCUGUGGUGUGCACGAGCCAGGAGGGAUUGUGGAAGCAGCUCCUGUGCUCACAGGCAGCAACAGCACUUGAGCAGGGCAAGGGGAAAAGAGUUUAGGCUGCUGCUGAGUGCUGAGCCCUUAAUAGCCAAGCUGGGGUUCUCCAAGCAGCGCCGUGCCACACUGCCAUGUUCUGUACAUACACCCCUCUGUAUGUGUAUCUGUGCUCUGUGUAGUGCGUGUGGGUCUGGUGUAAGACAUUGUGACUGGAACACGAUGGAGAGCAUUUCUGCCUGAAGCCUUUCUCACGGUGGCAAUAUGGUUUCUCUCGGUGUCGGUGCGGAAUUGAGCCUUUCUGCAGCAAAGGCUCCCAGCUGUCUGUGUCACAGGGAUGGAAACGUGGAUGGGGGUGGGAGGAAAGUAAACAAGUUUUCCUACCAUUUCUGACUUUCUGUGCAUGUGCCCGAGCUGGGCAAGAGCAAAA